GCCCUCUAUGUAUGAUGUAUGGCACAUGUAUGGCCAUGCUAAUAUGAUUCCAAAUUAUAUUGACACGUAUGCAGCGUAGCAAGUCGAUGCACUGAGAGAGCAGCUAAAGAUCUCCUUUUCCUUUUUUCUCUCUCCUCUCUCUCCACCCAAAAUCUUAUAAUCUCCGUCUCUACAGCCAAAAAAAUCUCAUUUUCACAGAAUUACAGUAAGAUAACAACCAAAAUCAAAGGCACAGAAUCACAAAAAUUCAUCUAACAGAGCUUUGUUUAAAUUCUCUGACAAGCAAACCAGAGAUUUUGCCGAACUAUGGAAAGCAAUCGUUACCAGAAUAAUUACUGAAUUCAGGAAGUUUACAGCUGAGAGUUGCAAAAUUUUGUUUCUGAAUUUUUAUCAAGUGGAUGAUCUUGAUUCCCCUUAUUUUUUUGGUCAAGGCAUCUAUGGCUCGCGCCGAAGAUAUUCGAAUGGCUAGUUCGUGUGAAAGGUGGAUUGAUGGUCUUCAGUUUUCCUCACUUUUCUGGCCUCCACCGCAGGAUGUACAGCAACGAAAGGCUCAAAUUACUGCCUACGUUGAGUAUUUUGCUCAGUUCACAUCGGAACAAUUUCCUGAUGAUAUAGCUGAGCUGAUACGGAACCGUUAUCCAUCCAAGGAAAAGCGCCUUUUUGAUGAUGUUUUGGCCACAUUUGUUCUCCAUCAUCCAGAACAUGGGCAUGCAGUUAUUUUUCCUAUAAUUUCCUGCAUCACUGAUGGUACACUGGAGUAUGAUCGGGGUACUCAUCCAUUUGCUUCUUUCAUUUCCUUAGUCAGUCCAAGUGUUGAGCAUGAGUAUUCCGAGCAGUGGGCUCUAGCUUGUGGAGAGAUUCUAAGAAUUUUAACCCAUUACAAUCGCCCAAAAGUAAAGGUUGAGCUUCAGCAAAGUGAAGCAGAUAGAAGCAGUAGCGGCAGCCUGGCUACAACAAGUAAAUCUACGGACACGGAAUCCCGUCAUUCACCUCCUGUACAACAAGAGAGGAAACCGUUAAGGCCUUUGUCCCCCUGGAUUACUGAUAUAUUGCUUGCUGCACCUCUGGGUAUUAGAAGUGACUACUUCCGAUGGUGUGGUGGUGUUAUGGGAAGAUAUACGGCUGGAGAACUCAAGCCCCCUUCAACUGCUUCUUCUCGUGGAUCUGGAAAGCAUCCCCAGCUCGUGCCAUCAACUCCACGGUGGGCUGUUGCUAAUGGUGCUGGUGUUAUCUUAAGCGUUUGUGACGAGGAGGUUGCUCGCUAUGAGACAGCAACUUUAACUGCAGCUGCUGUUCCUGCGCUUCUGCUUCCUCCCCCAACAACACCUAUGGAUGAGCAUCUUGUUGCAGGGCUACCAGCUCUUGAGCCGUAUGCACGUUUAUUUCAUCGGUAUUAUGCAAUUGCUAGCCCAAGUGCCACACAAAGACUUCUUCUUGGACUUCUAGAAGCACCUCCAUCAUGGGCUCCAGAUGCACUAGAUGCUGCUGUGCAACUUGUGGAACUCCUAAGAGCAGCUGAAGAUUAUGCAUCUGGCAUGAGGCUUCCAAGAAACUGGAUGCAUUUUCAUUUUUUACGUGCAAUUGGGACUGCAAUGUCCAUGAGGGCAGGCAUUGCUGCAGAUGCUGCAGCAGCUCUACUCUUCCGUAUACUUUCACAGCCUGCAUUGCUUUUUCCUCCUCUAAGACAAGUUGAAGGAGUUGAAGUUCAACAUGAACCUCUAGGUGGUUACAUUUCAUGCUACAGAAAACAGAUUGAAGUACCUGCAGCUGAAGCAACGAUUGAAGCCACUGCACAAGGGAUUGCGUCAAUGCUUUGUGCCCAUGGCCCAGAGGUUGAGUGGAGAAUAUGUACCAUAUGGGAAGCCGCUUAUGGCCUGAUACCAUUAAGUUCCUCAGCUGUUGAUCUUCCAGAAAUUAUAGUUGCAACCCCAUUACAACCUCCCCUUUUAUCGUGGAACCUAUACAUACCUCUUCUUAAAGUGCUGGAGUAUCUUCCUCGUGGAAGUCCAUCUGAAGCAUGUCUCAUGAAAAUAUUUGUUGCUACUGUUGAAGCAAUUCUUCAGAGAACAUUUCCACCUGAUUCCUCCAGAGAACAAAUCAGAAAAACAAGAUAUCUUUUUGGUGUUGGGUCUGCCUCCAAAAAUCUUGCUGUAGCAGAGCUUCGUUCAAUGGUUCACUCACUAUUUUUAGAAUCAUGUGCCUCUGUAGAUUUAGCCUCCCGCCUGCUUUUUGUUGUAUUAACUGUGUGUGUCAGUCAUGAAGCUCAGCCUAACGGGAACAAGAGAUUAAGAGGUGAGAAUAGUCGUCCCCCCGGUGAAGUCAAUGAAAACACAGAAGCAGUGGAUGAAAAUCAGAGAGACAUGGGCACUAGAAAAGCGAAAAAACAAGGUCCUGUAGCGGCAUUUGAUUCGUAUGUUUUAGCUGCUGUUUGUGCUCUUGCAUGUGAACUUCAGUUGUUCCCUCUGAUUUCAAGAGGGAGUAAUUAUUCAGGUUCCAAAAAUGUGCUGGAUGUAGCCAAGCCUGCAAAAGUAAAUGGAUCUUGCAGUGAGUUGCAAAAUGGUAUUGACUAUGCGGUUCGUCAUACUCACAGGAUAUUGGCAAUUCUGGAGGCACUUUUUUCUCUGAAACCAUCUUCUGUUGGCACCUCAUGGAGUUACAGUUCAAAUGAGAUAGUUGCUGCAGCUAUGGUUGCGGCUCAUAUAUCUGAAUUGUUCAGACGGUCAAAGGCUUGUAUGCAUGCUCUAUCUGUCCUGAUGCGGUGCAAAUGGGAUAGUGAAAUUCACUCCAGGUCAUCUUCACUUUACAAUCUUAUCGAUAUUCACAGCAAAGCAGUUGCAUCCAUAGUCAACAAGGCAGAACCACUGGAAGCACAUUUGAUGCGUGCACCAGUUUGGAAGGAUGUGCCAGUUUUUCUUGCUGGCAGGAAUCAAAAUCAAAGUGUAAACACUAGCUUCUUUGAAUCAAAACAUCCAUCAGCUCAGCAGUGUGAAGCUUUGGCUGAUUCAAAGCCUUUACCUAAGGGUGAGAAAUCUUCACAUUCAAAUGAAGGAACAGGAAAUAACCCGGGUAAAGGGAUCACAAGCUUCCCAUCAGAAGCUUCAGAUUUGGCCAAUUUCCUGACAAUGGACAGGCAUAUAGGAUUUAGUUGCAGUGCACAAGUUCUUCUAAGGUCUGUUUUGGCGGAGAAACACGAAUUAUGUUUCUCUGUUGUUUCGUUGCUCUGGUACAAGCUGAUUGUGACCCCUGAUACACAACCUAUUGCUGAGAGCACUUCAGCCCAGCAAGGAUGGAGACAGGUGGUUGAUGCUCUAUGCAAUGUCGUAUCUGCAUCACCAACAAAAGCUGCAACAGCUGUUGUUUUCCAGGCGGAGAGGGAAUUGCAACCUUGGAUUGUUAAAGAUGAUGACCAAGGUCAAAAGAUGUGGAGAAUCAACCAGCGGAUUGUAAAACUGAUUGUGGAGCUAAUGAGAAAUCACAGUACUCCAGAAUCAUUGGUAAUCUUGGCUAGUGCUUCAGAUCUUCUUCUACGUGCCACAGAUGGUAUGCUUGUUGAUGGAGAAGCAUGCACUUUGCCACAACUGGAGCUCCUGGAAGCAACAGCUAGAGCAGUUCAACCAGUGCUUGAGUGGGGCGAAUCUGGUUUGGCAGUUGCAGAUGGCCUAUCAAACCUGUUAAAGUGUCGCCUACCAGCUACAAUCCGAUGCCUCUCUCAUCCUAGCGCUCAUGUCCGUGCUCUUAGCACAUCAGUUCUUCGUGAUAUUUUGCAUAGUGGUUCAAUAAGAUCUAGGAAUAAACAAGUGGACAAAAAUGGCAUCAAUGGUCCGGUUUAUCAGUACCUAAAUGUAGGCAUUAUUGACUGGCAAGCAGAUAUUGAAAAGUGUCUAACAUGGGAAGCUCAUCGUCGACUUGCAACAGGAAUGCCUAAUCAGUUCCUUGAUACUGCUGCCAAGGAAUUAGGCUGUACAAUAUCCUUUUGACAUUAACUUGCAUUUGGCAGCUGCUUUAGGUUCUACUGUUGUAUUUAUUACAAGGAUUCACAAAAAUAGGAAGAUGCAAGCAAAUAGAAGAUCAAAGAUUGCAGGUAGGUCAGGAGACUUGAAAUUCUGCUGUUGUCCAGAGAUAAUGUAAUGUCAUCAUGGUCCUUCAUGCAACAUUGUUGGUGUAAAAUAAGAUUUGACCACAACGAGGUUGCCCUUCUGUUAAUUCUUCACUCUACUAGCGUAAGUACCCCCCAUCUCGGUAAUUAGAGGGGUAGAAGAUGUAAUAUGGAUUUUUUUAUUUUGUGUGUGUGUGUGGUGCGCCCGUGUACAGAUAAGUUCACCAAAAGUUCAGUCAUUUGGAUGGUGUGCUUCCAUUUCUUUGAAUACUGUUGAGAUGGAGGCUUCAUUUUUCUGUUCGGAAUGAUCCAUUUCAUGUGAAUGAAGCCUGCUGUCCUCGAGCACAA